AAAUCCAUUUUCCCCGCUUUAUCUAACACUCCUCGACUUCCUCUGCCUUCUUUGUCUUCCUUCCUUUUCUCUCUCUAAUGGCUCCCGCCGCUAAGACCGUCUGCGUAAUGGACGCUUCCAGCGGCACAGGCUCGGCGCUGGUGGCUGCGCUGUUGCAGAGAGGCUAUAACGUUCAUGCUUCUGUUCAGAAUCACGAGGAAUUGCAGUGUGUUAAGGGAAAUACGAACAAAUUGAAGGUUUACCGUUCGGAUCCGUUGGAUUAUCACAGCAUUAUGAACGCUCUUAAAGGAUGCUCCGCUUUGUUCUACUCCUUUCAACCUCCUCCUGAUCAUUCCACCUACGAUGAAUUAAUGGUGGAAAUUGAAGUAAGAGCAGCUCAUAAUGUUCUGGAAGCAUGUGCCCAAACGGACACCAUCGAGAAAGUUAUUUUCACCUCCUCCGUUACUGCGGUAAUUUGGCGUGACGGCAUCAAAACGAUGUCGUCCGACGUUGACGAACGCCACUGGAGCGACGUCAAUCUCUGCAAGAAGUUCAAGCUGUGGCACGCUCUAUCGAAAACCCUAGCGGAGAAAACCGCGUGGGCCCUGGCAAUGGAUCGUGGGGUGAAUAUGGUGUCCAUAAAUGGAGGGCUGGUAAUGGGCCACGACUUGACGAUUAAUAAUCCGUAUUUGAAAGGAGCGGCUGAGAUGUACGAAGAUGGGCUGUUGGUGACCGUAGAUCUCAAGUUCAUAGUUGAUGCUCAUAUAUGCGUGCUUGAAGAUGUCUCAUCCUACGGUCGAUAUUUAUGCUUCAAUAAUAUCAUUAAUUCUCAUGAGGAAGCUCUUACACUCGCCCACAUGCUAUUACCGCCCUCUUCUGAAGCUUUCUCUCAUUCCAGUUUGGAGGAAUCUGUUGUAUAUCAACAAGGGAUAAGCAACAAGAAACUUAUCAAAUUGAUGGUGGAUUUUGAAGGUGGGGUUUCAUGUUGACCACAAAUCCUGCCUGCCCAACAAAAUUAAUUAAGAUUUACCCAAUUUUUAUUUAUAAUUUGUGCAUUAUUAUUAGGUUCAUUUUGAUGUUCUAUUAUAAUAUAAUUCGGGUCUCU